AUGUCGAAAGUCGCUGACAGGCAGAGCUACGCGCAAACCUACAAACUCGUCGUCGUGGGUGGGGGUGGUGUCGGAAAAUCGGCGAUCACGAUACAAUUCAUUCAGAGUUACUUCGUGACCGACUAUGACCCGACGAUCGAGGAUUCUUACACGAAGCAGUGCGUUAUCGACGAUGUGCCGGCUAAGCUCGACAUAUUGGACACUGCUGGCCAAGAAGAAUUUAGUGCAAUGCGUGAACAGUACAUGAGGAGUGGCGAAGGCUUCUUACUUGUGUUUGCCGUUACCGAUCAUUCAUCCUUCGACGAGAUAAUGAAGUUUCACCGGCAGAUUCUUCGGGUUAAGGAUCGAGAUGAGUUUCCCAUGAUGAUGGUUGGAAACAAGGCGGAUCUGGAUUAUCAGAGAAGUGUAUCGGUCGAAGAGGCACAAAACAUGGCACGUCAAUUGAAAAUUCCGUACAUCGAAUGUAGCGCUAAGUUACGGAUGAACGUUGACCAAGCUUUUCACGAAUUGGUGCGAAUUGUUAGAAAGUUCCAGCUGUCGGAGCGGCCACCGCUGAAGCAGAAUUACAAGAAAAAUAAAAAGAGGUGUUGCAUGUUGUAAUAACAAGGUUAUUAUCGUUACAUGGAAAGAUGCUUUCGUUCGUUAAAGGGGUCGUAUCUUUGGCGGUGAGUUCUGAUCCUUCAGUUCAAAUGAAUAGAUUGAAAUUCGAUUCAAAGAAUUUAAUUGAUAUCGAAACGAUCGAUUGUCGGAUAUUUCGUGACAAUAAACAGUCUCGGACUGCGCACAAAAGCAAAACGAAAAACGAAUACGAACUCUGAAUAUCUAAAAAAAAUCAAAAA